AUGUCCCACUGUUCAACACAAGUACCACCACAAACAAUUCACACUGAUUUUUGCAAUCUCACUCGUAACGAUUUUCCUAGUGAUUUCAUUUUUGGAAUUGGUACCUCUGCUUAUCAGGUUGAAGGAGGUGCUGCCAAAGGUAGUAGAGGCCUUAGUGUCUGGGACGUUUUCACUUUGAGGACUCCUGCUCUCAUUUUGGAUGGAUCCAACGGGAAUGUAGCCGUUGAUGUGUACAUGAAAUAUAAGGAAGAUAUUAAGAUGAUGAAGAGCAUGGGUUUUGAUGCUUACAGAUUUUCGAUAUCUUGGCCAAGAAUAUUGCCUGGUGGAAAACUUUGCCUUGGUGUCAAUAGAGAAGGAAUCGACUUCUACAAUGAUAUUAUCAAUACUCUCAAAGAUUAUAAAAUAGAGCCCUAUGUGACUCUCUUUCACUGGGAUACUCCUUAUGCUUUGGAACAAGAGUAUGGUGGCUUCUUAAGCCAAGACAUUGUGAACGACUUUCGUGAUUUUGCAGAACUAUGCUUUUGGGAAUUCGGUGAUCGGGUAAAAUACUGGACAACACUGAACGAGCCAUGGACGUACUGUGUUAAUGGAUAUGUUUCAUGCAAAUUUCCACCUGGCGCUGCCAAUUCGCCUCCUCCUCCUCCUUCGCCUCUAACUUCUGUUUCAAACAUAAAUGCAACUUAUACUAAAACAUUGUUGAGUUCAAGUCUAUCGGACAACUGGAUUGCUUCUCAUAUAGCUGUCGACGAUCAACCCAUAAAGUACAAUUUCAUUCCUUAUAGAGGGUCUGAAAUAAUGCAACAGAGCAACCUUAAUUUAGUUCCUCAUAGAGGCGCCUUUCAUCAUGACUAUAACCGGACCACAUACGCACUCUCAUCUGGACUAGAAAGUCGUGUUUUCAACAAAACCCUAAUCGAGAAAUCGGGUAGAAGCAGCAUUAACGGCUUUCUGACAUUAUCAACUCCAACCAAAGACGUAUAUACUGUCGGGAAAAACUUGCUCCUUGCUCAUGCAGCAGCAGUUCAAUCAUACAGAACUAAAUUUAAGGCACACCAGAAUGGCCAGAUAGGAAUAACACUUGUUUCUUGCUGGUUUGAGCCACUAAAUAAAGAUGAUGAAGAUGAUAGAAAGGCUGCUGUAAGAGCUCGUGAUUUUAUGUUGGGAUGGUUCUUGGAGCCUGUAUUAAGUGGUAGAUAUCCCCAAAAUAUGAUAGAUAAUGUUUCUGCCAGUAAUCUUCUACAAUUUGAACCUGAUGAAGUUGACUUGCUUAAAGGAUCCAUUGACUUUCUCGGUUUAAACUAUUACACAUCUUUUUAUGCGUCGCAUGAUCCUGAUCCUAACAUUGCAUACGGCUACAACAGAGAUCAAAAACUUGCAAUUUAUCGUAAGCUCUUGACAACCUUAAACAACAACUACGUACCUACUCGUCUUGUUGUCUUUUCUUUUAGUUUAAAUACUAAAUAA